UUCCGCCGCCGACGCGCUUUCCUGUCAUGGCCGCCGCCCUGCGCUGCAGCUUCUCCUCCUGAGGGACCGUCGCGGCGCUUCUCCCCCCGCCCGCCGCUCCCUCGCCGGCUCUCCCGCUCGCUCUGCCGCUCGGCGUCGCUGAGAGGCGGCCAUGGGCACCGUCCACGCGCGGGUAAGGAGCGCCCGGCCCCGCGGGCUUGGCGGGCGAGGGCGGCGACCUUGGGCCGAGGAGGAGGGAUCGGGGCCGCCAAGGUAGCGGAGACACCCGCCGACCCGCGCGCCCUCACGUGCACGCGCGCACUGGGGCCGCGCCCCUCCGCUGAAACAACGCCCGGCCACCCUGGACAGCGUUCCUCUGAGCAUGUGAAGAAUUCCUCCUCCUAGGAUUAUUGUCAUUGGGUUUUUUACGGCCGCCACCUGAAAAGGAUAUUGUCUCUUUUGAGCAUGUGCAGAAUCCCCACCCCCUUUUUUAGGGCUCUCCUUAAAAACAAUACUGAACAUUCCGAGCAGCGUUUUUCUGAGCAUGUGCAGAGUGUGACCUUGAGAAUGUGCAAAGGCGCCCGUGAAGGGGAUGCGCGCCUGCCUGCUUGCAUGAAGGCUGCUUUAGGUGCGCUGUGGAAUCCGGUGCCUCCACUCCAGGCUUCCUUCCUUCCUUGGGUAGUAGUGGACUUUGCACAUGCUCUGGUGCCUCAAGCCUUUGGAACAAGGAAGGAGGAGGGAGCGGAGGGGUUUCGGCCAGCUAACCUGGACUGGCUUGCAUGGAGCCUGGGAGGCUCCUGCUUCCCCUAAGGAGCCUUAUAAUUCUCCAAAGUGGUGCUGCCUGUGAUGGCGUCUCGGGUGGGACUGCAGUGCUUUCCUUGGCAGCACAGUAUUUACACACCUGUUGUGAAUGUAAAGUCUUCAUGACACACCCACAUGCAUCACACUGACUUGGAGGUGGCACCUACACUUAAACAUCAGGAAGAUGUUUCUCACAGCAAGAGCUAUUCCAACUCCCUCAGAAGGCAGUGAUCUUGCUUUUUUGGGGGCUUUUUAAAGCAAAGGUUGGACGACCCAUCUGUCAGGGAUGCUGUAGUUUUGAUUCCUGCAUUGCACAGGGUUGGAUUAGAGGACCCUCGGGGUCCCUUCCAACUCUACAAUUCUAUGAUUUCUAGUACCUGUGAGAAUCCUACAGUAGCAUAAGUAUACAAAUUAAGCAGAAAGUGAAAUGCAAAAAUGUAGACAGAGCAAUAACAAAAUAGCUACAACUGAACAGUAUUUUAUGCAUAGAAACAUGCAAAAAAAACAAAACCCCAUUACAAAAUGAAACCAUUCUGAUCUUAAACUACCCCUCUUUUUAGUCAUCCUGGCCAAUGUUGUUGCCAACUUUUCAACUAUAUUCCAAACAUUUUUAUAUCAAUUUUUAUAUUAUUUUAUAUCAAUAUUGUUUCAUAGUGUCUUCAAAGUCCUUCAAAAAAUUGGCAAUCCCAUCCCUGCAUAUUAGAGAAUCAAAAUGAUACAUAAACCCAAAUGACAAUGUGUAUUUAAUUUACUCCCCCACCACACAUUGGAUUACAAAAUCUGAAGCUUCUCUGUUGCAGCAUUAAUAGUGUACCUUUAUUCCAAAGCAGCUGUCUGAAAAGAAUAGAGGUGGGUGAAGUUUUACAGGGCUAUUCAAAGUAUACAUUUAAAGCUCACAUUCAAAAGUACCUUAAGUAUAGGGUGACAGUUUCCAGUGGUCUUAUAUUGAAAUGAAUUUAGGAUUUUGGAAAUUAAAGUUUUAUGCAGCUUGUGUCAACUAGUCAAAGACGGACAACACAGCCAGCACCAUAGAUGUUUAUAAUGGAAUGAGAGCCACACCCCAAACAUAAAUGACCAAUGCAGGUUACGUCUAAAAAUAUAUACCUGCUUAAAAUCUUAGUGAACGAUCUUUCUUUAUUAAAUAACCCUUCUGAGUUCUGUGAGAUGCACUUAUACUGACCAAGUGCAUUGUAAAAUAAAAAGGCAAACUGAAAAAUGUAAUACUGUGUAAGGCAAUUAGAAUCAUAGCAAUGUAAAGUUGGAAGAUACCCCAAGGGUUAUCUAGGAAUAUGCAGGAAUAUACAGCUGGCCUGGAUGGACUCGAACCCACAACCUUAGCAUUAUCAGCACUACAUUCUCUCCAACUGAGCUGACUGACAGGCUUAUCUUACAUUAUGAGUGAUAUCCACUAUUGAAACAACUGGAUUUAAAUAACGUAAGCCUGCCACUUUCAGUGAGUCUACUCUGUUUAUGACUUAAUUGGAUACCAUUCCUUUACCACUCUUGCAUAAUGAAACUGCAUGGGGAGACACAUAUAUAGAUUCUGGGAACACAGCUGUACAAGACUGCAUCCUUUUAUGGUAAGGUGGAUGGAAUGGUAAGAAUCACUAUAAAUACUUGAGGACUUGAAAAACUAAAUCCAGUUUAACUCAAUUUUAUCCUGCUCAGAGUUUGGAGCCUCUUCCAAUGAGUGGACCUGAUUUUGGUGCUAUAGGGGAAGAAGCUGAACUGGUUGAAGUUGAGCCAGAAACCAAACAGGAAAUACUGGAAAAUAAAGAUGUGAGUAUUGGGAUACCCCAUUGUCUUUCUGUUUAACAGUGCACAGUCAUUGUAACACAGUCAUAAUUUUAGUAGGAGCAGAAUUCUUACCAUUUAGCAAUGAAUAAUUCUCUUCAGGUAUUAGUAAACAAUUGUGUAAAGAAAAUUCUUGGAGAAUAGGUGAUGUACCUGCAAACUAGAGAUGGGCAAAUGUCCCCAUCUUAUUCUGCUCUGGUCAGACCUCACCUGGAGUACUGUGUCCAGUUCUGGGCACCACAGUUCAAGAAGGACACUGACAAACUGGAACGUGUCCAGAGGAGGGCAACCAAAAUGGUCAAAGGCCUGGAAACGAUGCCUUAUGAGGAACGGCUAAGGGAGCUGGGCAUGUUUAGCCUGGAGAAGAGGAGGUUAAGGGGUGAUAUGAUAGCCAUGUUCAAAUAUAUCAAAGGAUGUCACAUAGAGGAGGGAGAAAGGUUGUUUUCUGCUGCUCCAGAGAAGCGGACACGGAGCAAUGGAUCCAAACUACAAGAAAGAAGAUUCCACCUAAACAUUAGGAAGAACUUCCUGACAGUAAGAGCUGUUUGACAGUGGAAUUUGCUGCCAAGGAGUGUGGUGGAGUCUCCUUCUUUGGAGGUCUUUAAGCAGAGGCUUGACAACCAUAUGUCAGGAGUGCUCUGAUGGUGUUUCCUGCUUGGCAGGGGGUUGGACUCGAUGGCCCUUGUGGUCUCUUCCAACUCUAUGAUUCUAUGAAAAGGGGAAAAAAAGAAGACCCUGAUAACUACCGAAUGGUAGGUUUGACAUCAAUACCAGGAAAGGUCCUAGAACAAAAAAUUCAAGAAUUGGUUUGUAAGCACUUAGAAAAUGAUGCUGUGGUUACUAAGACUCAGUAUGGGUUUCUCAAAAAUAAGUCAUUCCAGACAAAUCUCAUUUCUUUUUUUGAUGGAGUUAUAAGCCUGGUGAAUAAGGGGAAUGCUGUGGACAUAGUGUAUCUUGAUUUCAGUAGGGCUUUUGACAAAGUCCCCUAUGAUAUUCUUGGGAGGAAGCUGGUAAAAUGUGGGCUUCAUCCACAAAAUAAUGUAAAAACCUGUUUAAUAAUGAUGCUGUUUUUGGCACUUAAAAUUCUUGACUUUGAUUCAUGAUGAGACAAUGUUCUGUGCUGUCUUGGAAUUGUAAUUCAAUAAUUCAUUGGUUAUGGCACCAUUAUGUUUUAGUUGAGCAGAAAUUCUAGUUGUCCUUGGAAUGUUUCCAGGGUUAACAUUUUGAUGAGAACCAUCUUAAUCUUUAGGUUGUGGUUCAACAUGUGCACUUUGAUGGACUUGGAAGGACUAAAGAUGACAUUAUCAUGUAUGAAAUUGGCGACGUAUUCAAGGCUAAAGACCUCAUUGAUGUAAGUAGUGAAACCCUGAAACUCUCAAAAGCUUGAAAAUACUGUGAAGUCUAAAAAUGUCAGGAUCCUUGUUUAAUAUUACUAUUAUGUUAUUGUUUAGGUCAGGCAUAGGCAAACUUGGCCCUCCAGAUGUUUUGGGACUACAACUCCUACGAUCCCUAGCUAACAGGACCAGUGGUCAAGGAUGAUGGGAAUUGUAGACCCAAAACAUCUGGAGGGCUGAGUUUGCCUAUGCCUGGUUUAAGUCACUUAGCACAGGGCAUCUCUUGUCAAUUUACAAUCUAGGUUAAGAAAAAGGUUAAAAAUGACAUUCAAAAUAUAACAACACCUCAGUACACAAAACACCAAGACUAGACAGAAAAGCUUAGCAGCAGCUGACAUAAGGCCUUGACGCAGCAGGUUUAUAGGCUAUACAAACUGACGUGCCAAAACAAUAUUGCAAAACAUGCUUUAACAGAAGCAUAGGUAUUCUUUAUAAGCAGAUAUUCCAGUGUAUAAAUAUGGUGCUAAACUGCAGUCUUGCUCUUGCAGACGUAAGCCUCAUGAAUUCCUGUUAUUACUUUUUGAGUUUAGUUAUUUAUACAUGUUGGGGUUGGAUGCUAAACUGAUGUAUGUGAGGUCCACUCUGUGUCUUGGAAUUCCCGUUUGUGUAAUGAAAAUGUAGAGCAGCAUGUGAGAUAAUGAAUGUAUGCAUUUGGCAAAUAACUGUUGAACAUUUAGUCAUUAAGGUGCAAAGCUAAACCUUAAAUAUUUUGAAGGUUAUGAGGAAGUCCCAUGAAGCUCGUGAAAAGCUCCUCCGUCUAGGAAUUUUUAGACAGGUGGAUGUUCUAAUUGAUACGUGUCAAGGUAAUUAUCAAUGUGUGUGAUUUGUUUUUCCUUGAGUUUUAAUAUAGCUUUAUAGUAGUUUAAUAUGUGUAAUAUUUAAAUACUUUGAAGGAGGUUAAAAUAAGUAACUCUUGCAGGAGAACCAUUGAAAUAAAUGGGAGUUAAGUUACCUAAAUCCGUUGAUUCCGGUAGGUCUACUCUGAGUAUAACUAAAAUUGGCUAUCCCUCCUUUGAUAGGACAGACUAUUUUAUACAUCAAUAGUUCUAGUGUAGCAUAAAUGAAUGGAAUGCUUAGUUUCAAUAUAUAGAUAUCAGGCAGCAAAGUAUCCAUCAGGGUGACAGGCUGUAUUUGUUUUCAUUGAGUUCUAUAACUGUUUGUGUAGUGCUGGCCUUGGCACUUAGCUUGCCCCCAAUUAAAACAUGGUGCUGGUUUGCUGCCAUCUAGACCAGCCUUCCCCAGAUUGGUGCCCUCCAGAGGGUUUGGACUGCAACUUCCAUCAGCACCAGCUACUAUGGCACAUAAUCAGGAAUAAUGGGAGUUGUAGUCCAAAACCUUCACAGGAUAAAUGGAUAGUGAAGGUUGAUACAGACUUUCCCUUAUUAAUCAGCUGAAAUUGUGAGGGUAGAAGACCCAGUACUAGAAAGAAGUACCAGGACUGGAUUGGGAUAGCUUGACCACAGUUGUCCAUGCAUUGGUAACCUCACAGUUGGAGUACUCCAGUGCACUCUGUGUGGAGCUCCCCUUGGGGUUGGUCUGGAGGCUGCUGCUGGUGGAGAACGUGGCGGCUAGGUGCGUUUGUGGGCAGACGACUGCCAGCAUAGAACACCCUGCUUGUAGGAUUUGCACUAGCUGCCAAGUCUGCUGCCAGGCUGAGGUCAAGGUUUUGAUACUAACAUGUAAGGCCCUAUACAGCAGUAUCAGGUUUUGUGGGAGGCUGCCUUAUCCCUACAUACUUGGCAGGGCCUUGUGGUCUGUGGGGAAACUUCUCCUGCAAGUUCCAAGAUCUUAGAAGCCUUAUCCGCAGUAACUUGGAGCAGGGAUUUUAAUGUAGCUGUCCCUGUUCUAUGGAAUAGCAUUCCUGUUCAGAUAUGACAGGCACCACUAUUUGUACAUUAUGAAAACAAUCAAAGAUUCCGCCCCCCUCACAGCUUUCCCAGCUGGAUGAAUGGGUCCUUGCCAUGAGUGUCUGUUCUGUAUUGCUUUAGUUUUGUUUUAAAUGUAUCAGCUAGUUAUUGUUUUUUUAAACUUUUGCUGCUGUUUUUUAUUAUUAUACAUCACCUUGGGAUGAUUGUGUAGAGAGUGAUUAAUAAAUUAAUUAUGAUAAUAAAAAUAAAGGAAAUGUUAUAAGAGGCUAGAGGGAAGUAUGGUAAGGCACACAGAUCUCUGCUCCUGUCCUGAUCUGUGAGGUUUGUGCUUAAAUCUUCAACUCCACUGUUAAGUGUUCAUAGUUUGAACCAAACAGUGUUUAGUAUUAUAGAAAGUCAAAUGCAUGGGAUGAAUCUAUUUGGGGUACAGUAUUAGCUUCUGUGAAGGCAUUUUUCUGAGUGUAUUAAACUGUGAGAACUUAAUUUAGGUAUUACAUAUGUUAUUUAAAGUAUUUUAAGAAGCUAUUUAAGAAACACUGUAUUUUAAUAAUUAGAAAUGUCAAACUGGAUUUUAAAAAUUGUUUUCUUUACUAAUAUGUCUGUCUGUGUAUUUAGGAGAUGAUGCCCUUCCAAAUGGUUUAGAUGUAACAUUUGAAGUAACAGAACUGAGAAGAUUAACUGGAAGUUAUAAUACUAUGGUUGGCAAUAAUGAAGGGAGCAUGGUAUGACCUGCUUAACAACCUCCUGCAAUCUAAGUUGUGGCGAUAUGAUAUAUGCUAGUUUAUCAUAAGUGAUUUAAAUUAAUUUUGGUAAAACAGAUUUCCUUCUCCAAUCAUAAAUACAUUUAUUUGGAAUGAGAGUUCCAUUAAAAUAAAUGAGAUGUGUAUGUGUUUAUUUUUUUCUGUUUAUUCUACAGUUGUCCUAGAAAUCUCUGAUCUCUUGACUGCUUUUAUUGUGUAGAAAUAUGCUGAGACUGUAAAUAAUUGCAAUAUUUUAUUCCAAGCUGAAAACACAAUUUUUUCAAUUGAGUGCUUAUUAUUAUAUAAUGUCAUCUUGUUAUGAGAUUCAAUGAAGGGAGGUUUCAGUUGAAAUCAGAAGCUUGUAGUCAGGAAAUUUACAUGUUUUCAAAAACUGAUGCUUCUAUAAAUUUAGAACAUGAUUGACAGCUCUGUGUGAAAAUUACAAAAAAUGCUUUAGGGUUCCAAUUUGAGAAACUUGCAAUGAUUUAUGUGUUUUUUCAUCUUUCAUACAUUUGACAGCAAUAUGAGCACUGGUACUUUACCUAUGGUGUAUAAUAUAUUUAUCUGGGUUUUUUUAUGGAGAAGCUUGAGAUAAUGAUAAAAGGGAUAUUUUAAAUACUUGAAAACUGCAAAGUUUCCAUGAAGGUUUCGGGAAAUAUGGGUUAGUAAGUCUAAUAUUAACUGGGUUUUAAAAUUCACACUGUUUAAAAUAUCACAAAUAGCAAUGGGUUGUAGUCACAGCUUCUGCAAGGGAGCUUGCAGAAGGUGAGUUCCUCCUCCAUCACCCCAGGCUUCUCACCAUUGCAGCUCUGUGGGCUGUGCUUUCUGUGACAGUAGUCAUAUUUCUCUUCCCAUGCCCCCAAACGGCUUCUGGGGGCCAAGAUGGCACCUGGAAUCUGCUCAGUGCCAGAGCCCAGGUGGGGUAGCAUAGUGAUAAAUAACAUUUAAAGGGGGGUGCAGAGCAGGUAUCCUUUGCCACUGGAAACAUUUGUGUGCAGCAAAAAACUACAGAAAACAGUUAAGUGCGCAAGUGUCUUGGCAAAGUUGUACGUGCUUCAUUGCUUAUUCUGGCUCUUGCAGGUACUUGGACUCAAACUCCCGAAUAUAUUUGGACGUGCCGAGAAGGUGACAUUUCAGUUCUCCUAUGGCACAAAGGAAACUUCAUAUGGUCUCUCUUUCUUCAAACCACAGCCUGGUCACUUCGAAAGAAAGUAAGAUACCUUCAGAAUGUAGUAAGGUUUCAAUGCUAUGUACAUCUAUUUAGAAAAACCCUAGACCCUUGAAAAUGUAUUGUAACUGGUGUGCAGUAAAGGACAAUAAAUUCACCAGUAUACACCCCAUUUUUUGAAAGAUGAGCUAUUUCAGGUAGUGACCCCAAUACUCAAUACGUUCACUCUCAUCCGCAGUUGGUCACACUGAGAGUAGUUGGUAACAGCUUUCACUGUUAUGACCGUUAGCAAAUAUUUUAAGGCAUGUGUCAACAGAUUGGGCCAUACCCAGUGCUUCAACUCUGUGGACUUAGUGUGAACAACAGAGCUUAUUCUUCUGUCUGCUCCACCCACUCACCCCUGUGUACCGUAACUCUGGAGGCUUGGGGGAUCUGGACAAAUGUUGGGGUAUGUGUGUUGUGGCUGGAGAGGAAACAGAAGUUCCACAUUGGAUACAACCCAGUGUCUUGCACUUUUAGACUCUAUGCUUCCUUAGUUCCAACAAAAGAGUUCUUAAGGCAGUUUACAUGGUAGAAUUUACUCCUAAGUUUUCAUUCUCUCCUAUGCUUUUCCUUGAAUGGGGCAUUUCUUGACUGCUGUAGGUCUUACCAGGCAGAUGGGCAUCAGAUGUUGCUGGUUCUCUGGCCUCCCAGCUGCCAUUGCUGUUGAAAUCAUGCAUAAAGUCCUUCUUCUCUGCUACUAUCUGCUACUGUUGCCUUGCCAGGCUUUCAGCAGCUGGGAAAACUCCCCUCUGGUGAUGUGUUCUUGAUCACCAAGCCUCAGUAGAACAUGUUAAUGCCCAAACUGGGUAUGGCUUUUUGGAGUUAUUCCCAUGGAUAGAAAGUUUCACAACUUUAUUAUUAUCAUUAUUAAAAAUACUGUAUCUAGCUUUAGCCCAGGAGAUUUUUUUGAGCAAACAUUUUGGGUGAUGCAUUCAACUAUAUUUUUUACAUGUAUACAUACAGGGCAGUGAUUCCUCACACCAUGUGUGCAAAGUAUUACAUUGGAACUAAUUCUGCAUUACAUUGGAUUACAAGUAUUACAUUGGAACUAAUUCUGCAUUAAUUAGGUUUUUCCAUGUUUUUCCAUAGAAACUUUGGAGAAAGUGAGCAAGAUAUCUUGCUGUUUAGCUUCUAUCUCUUGUUUCAGCUAAUGCUAAGUCAAAUACAGUAUCAUUCUGUUUUGACAUGUUUGCAAGUAAAUCUAGUCUGCGCUAACAGCUAUAUAUCUGUCCACUCGCACAAAGUUAAUGAAAGGCAGCUCAGUUUGUUUCAUCCCUCCCAUAUGUUCUUAAGCUUUCAACAGUUUUUGUCAAAUCCAAAAACAGUAAAAUUUCAUGAUAAAAUGGUAAAUUGCCUUUUCUCAUCAAAUAGUUCUGUUCAGAAAGUUAAUGUAGAUGUCUUGGCUUCCAGCACUUUAAGAGACUGCUGCUGUGGAGUGUUAAGCUUGCGCAGCUCCUUGUACAACUAUCUGCAUUUCACUGUUAACACUGAAAGUAAAUUAAGUUGAUUAAUGAUGACAUAUGAGAAUUAUCUUCCGUUUUCUGUAGCCAACUUAUUAAUUGGUUUUUAAGCUAUUAAAGUAUUUUGUACAGUACUAUUGUAAGCAAUUCUUCUGUGGUUUAGCUAUUUAGAUCUAACUUAAGGGCUCCAGUUCUAGCUUGAAGGCAUAGCUGGCGCUAGGCUUCUGUCCUGCUAGUGGUGAACCACCAUUCUGCUAGUAUUUCAUCUCUGCCUUCCUGGCUCAUUUAGUAAGAGACAGAGAGUGUCUGUGAGGCAUAUGGUGAAAUAGGAUUGCUCACCUUACAGCACAGAAGGUUAGUUUGGAGGUCCAGGAACUUGAACCACGAAUGCAAUCUUAACAUCUUUCCUUUAAGGAUUUUACAAUGACAAAUAUGGCAGAGCCAUACAGCCUUGUCCUGCUUGCCAAGUAAAGAGUUCUUUUUAUCAGCUAUAGGUAAAGUUAAGCAGUGCCAUAAGGUGUGAUCUUAUGAAACACUUGUUCUUCAGCUCCUUUCUUUGUUGUAGUAAUCCUAGAUCUUCAUGUUAUGUUUCUAGCUUUUCUCUCAAUCUGUAUAAAGUAACCGGACAAUUUCCUUGGAGUUCUCUUCGUGAAACUGAUAGAGGAAUAUCAACAGAAUUCAAUGUAGGUAAAAUAGCGCUACUUGUUUAUGGUUGGCUGGGGAGAGAGAAAUCCACAAAUUUGGUUAUCUGCAGUGACAGUGCCUCUCUGUCUGGCAGCUGCCCCUCACUCAAACCAAGUUUUCUCUCUCAAGUUUUUUGAAGAUUGCAGAGAACUCAGGAGGAGGAAAUAUUUGUGCUGGGCAUGAUAAACUUAACCUUUCCUUUCUCAUCUUCUUGCUUCAUCUUCUGCAUUGCUAAAAUUGAGGUGGGGGAGCAAAAGGCAAUGGAGGCAGCAUUUUAAAAAUGAAGCAGAUGCAGCCACUGAUACUUUUCCUGCUCCGUUGUUGCUCCAGUGCUGCCUCCUGGAACUGGCAAAUCCUUGCAUGGAUUUCAAAACCCCAGCAUCUCCUUUCUGUGAGAAUUCACUUGAAUUAGCUGAUGCCUGCUGCUUGCCCCGGCUCCAGUCCAGCUGAGAGCCUAGCAACUCUCUUGAAAGGAGCUAGCAGCCCAGCACCUUCCUCACAAAAAGCCAGCUCACCUGGCUAGCACCUGCCCUCAAGAGAGAAGCCAGGUGAACCUGGGAGGAGACCGGCAAAGCAAAGUACCGUAGCAGCAGCUCCUAUAGUCUGAGUUGGCUCUUCUAAGACUGGCUGCAUUGCCAGUAAACCCAGUGCUCCUGCUCAUAAAGAUAUAUGUGAAAGAUGCUGAAAAUAUGUAAAUGUUUUCUCAUUCAUAAUUAAAGAAAUUGUUUCUUUUACAGUUUCCCAUAUGGAAGACCAACCACACGCUAAAAUGGGAGGGUGUCUGGAGGGAGCUUGGCUGUCUUGCAAGAACAGCAUCAUUUUCUGUCCGAGAAGAAAGUGGACAUUCACUCAAGUCAUCUGUGUCUGUAAGCUUUUGCUAUUUGGAAUAUGAAUUUUUGAAGUAUGACAAAUGCUGACGAAUAGUACCACAUUAAUUAAGCCAAAUGCAAUAGUGCUGAAUUAAUGGUUCCUUAUGACACCUGUUGUCCAUUCUUGCCCAAGAGCAAUAGAGAUUCGAGUCUAUAUGGAUAUGAGGAAAGCUGAUUUUUGUACUGAAUGAUAUAUAUGUAUAUUUCAGAUUACAGCAUCUUUAUCCAUUUAUUCAUUUAUGUAUACCUUUAUAUUUAUAAUUAUCUGCUUAUAUUAUUGUUAUAAGGUUUCACAACAUACCUAAUAUUUUCAGUUCAUUGUUUCCUAACAUGAAGAUAGACACAACUUUCUUAAUAGCAGUUGGUUUUUCACAUGCAAAGGGAACCUGGCUUUGCUGUCUUGCAUAGUUAAUAGCUGAAUUGGCAAUUGUAUAUUUAUUCACGAUAAAAGCUGCAAGGUUCAAUUGAUCUAUCAGAAUGUUUACAUGACUAAAAAUAUGCCAUUGCUAAUAGGCAAAUAAAGGUAAAUAAAGAUGGGGAGCAUCAUUUUAAGGGAGGUAUCCCACUCAUUCUUUCACAUAGGAGGGAAUUGAAUAUUAUAAGAGUUGCCUUUUCUUCCACAUAUCAAUAAGUAAGUACGCCUCUCUCUCUUCACUUGCUGAGACAGAGCUAACGUUGCAGUGGCUGGUAGUAUUGCUGUGAUCCAGCAAACUGCAGAUGGAAGAACAAAUAUCUCCUUUGCAGUUUCACAUGUGUAUUGAUACUCAGUUGCUUGUGCACAGUUGGAUAACUGGCAGUUGACACAAGGAAUGCAGCCACUCAGUGUAAGGAAUUGGAUCUUGGCCAUAGUUUACACAUAAUGUAGUAGCUUCAUGUUGAAAUGCUCAGUGUAUGCUUAGUCUACAAAACUACUUAGUAAAAUUCAGAAUUAAGUAUGAACCUUUUAUUGCUAGAUAGUUUUAAUUAUGCAGUAUCAUGUUAAGAGUUUAGUAGAAUGUUUGCCCAAACGAGUAGUGAUGAAUAAUUUUUUCCUCUAUCUCCAAUAAGAUUGUAUGCAAUUCAGGAAAAAGGAAUGUCAUAGUUGACUGUUCCUACCUUAUAACAUUUCAUAUGUGUGUUUGUUUAUAGCACGCUAUGGUAAUUGAUUCUCGUAACUCUUCAAUCUUGCCGAGACGAGGUGCUUUGCUGAAAAUAAACCAGGUAUUAUCAGGUUCUGGAAAACAGCUGUGGGUGGGUGUUUUAUAUUUGCAAUAUGUAUGCAAAAUAUGGCACUAUUGGUUGAAGUCCUGUACACUUCAGCUCCCUGCAUGAUUGAGCUAGCCUUCAAAUCAAUAUUUUGUUUCAUAUAUAGUACCACCAAAAUAAUAAAACAACAAGUGAUUCGUGUGGAAAUGUGUUUUUGUAUUUAUAUUUCUGUCUUCAAAAGAGUCUGUUUGGUAUUUUAGGAGUUGGCUGGCUAUACCGGUGGUGAUGUGAGUUUUCUGAAAGAGGACUUUGAACUUCAGUUUAACAAGAAGCUCUUGUGGGAUUCAGUAAGUACUUGGUGCUAUUGGGAGUAAACAAUUCAUAUCAUAGUACCUUUUAAAAACCCCCCAAAUGAAAUAAAGUAUCUUUUUAAAGUUACAAAUUGUUUUAAGUACAGCAUUUAGCAGUUCAGUUGGAAUCAGUUCAGCCUGCAUAUUAGAAUAUAGAAAAUGUGUGCAUUUUCCUAACAUGGAAAAUGCAGGUGUGAUAACUGUCACGUAAGUUUUGAAACUUGAGGGAGUUUCAGAAGCAGUUAGUGUUGUGGUGGGGUGGUUUCUUGUUCUAAGAAGCCAGUUUGAAUGUGUGUUUGUGUUGGAGUGUGUGUGUGUGUGUGUGUGUGUGAGAGAGAGAGAGAGAGAGAGGGGGAGGGAGAAUGGCAUAACCCUUUGCUCAACAUUAGGCAACUCUUGGCUCCUGACCAUAAUUUGCAGUAUAUAGGUACAAUCUAGAGAAAUCCAUCUAUUUGUGCCCUUUUGAUUUUUUAAAAGUUCAAUAUAGGAAACUAGCCCUUCUUUUAAAAGGCUCCACAAUAUGAAAGUGGCUCGGGGGUUGGAGCUGGGUUAUGUGGAGCCAACCUGUCAUUUAUACCGCCCCUGGACAGCCUUUCAAUUUGUUGUGAAUGUAUUGAAACUUAUUUUCCACUGGAAAUUCUAAGAUGAAAAAGGGGCAACAUAACAAAAACUAUUAUUCUGGAAGUAACUGAUGUUGCCUCAGAAAGUACAUAUUUUUAUUUUUUACAAAUUCAAUAAAUGCGAGCCAUUUUACUCCUAAAAUUUCCUUUUCUUUUCCAUCCUGCAGUUGAACCAAUUGUGGGUUUAUUUCCAAACUUUUAGCUAGCUAUUUUUUAACUGUAAGUGGUAAAUUGUUCUUCCAUGUUGGGGCUGCUAACAUGCAGGCAAUGACAAUUAAGUUCCACACAGGUUCUUUGUUUUAUUUAGUCAUCUAAAUAACACAAUAGAAUUGCUAAAGGGUCCAAAGUUACAACAUAAUGGGUUAUUAGUGUGAUUAAUCUAGUUACUACUAGGGUUUCAUUCUUAAUGAACAAUACCACAAACAGGCCUCAUACCUGCAUUCGAGGAUCCACAUCUCCAACAUUUAUCUGCACAUCUGUCAUAUACAGUGGUACCUCUGGUUGCGAACGGGAUCUGUUCUGGAGGCUCGUUCGCAACAUGAAAAGAGCGCAAGCUACAGCUGCCUGUCUGCGCACGCGCGGGUUGCGAUUUGCCGCUUCUGUGCAUGUGCGUGACGUCAUUUUGCGCUUCUGCACAUGUGCAAGUGGCGAAACCUGGAAGUAACCCUUUCCAGUACUUCCGGGUUGCCGCGGGACGUAACCUGAAAGAACGUUACAUGAAGCGGACGUAACAUGAGGUAUGACUGUAUUUUACUCAAUCUAUGACUGCCUGUCUCUUUAAAGGUUUUAUCAACUUCUCUUUGGGGUGGAAUGUUGGUUCCUAUUGGAGACAAACCAUCAAGUAUUGCGGAUAGGUAAGUAAUUCCACUUGCUUUCCUUUGAGUUUGCCUAUUGUCUGUCUGGCAUAGCAUGUAAAUAGAAAUGAUGCAUCUCUUGCAUCAAGAAAUUUAUUUUAAGCAUUGAUUUUAAUGGUACUCAUUUGCAUGGCUUCCAAACCAAGCUACUUGGGAGCUUGCUUUAAUGGCAGCAUUUCCUGCAUCUCAGAAAAGUUUAGCAAAGGAUGGCCAAACUAGGUGUGACAGUGGCACCUCUGUAUGCUUAGACAGGGAUAUGCCCUGAUCAUAUUGAAAGGGUGGAUGUGGAGGUGAGGAGGUGGUUAAGUACAGUUCCUUCUGCCUGCUGUAACACACCUUGUCGCCUGCCACUUCACAUGCAGUAAUGGUUCUCUUUUCCUUAUAGAUUUUAUCUUGGCGGACCAACAAGUGUGCGUGGAUUCAGUAUGUACAGCAUUGGACCACAGAGUGAAGGUUUGAGACAUUUUUAGUAGGCGGCAUCAUUGUCAAUAAUUUUACUAGGACCCAGAAAAUGGGCUGAGAAUACUUGAGGAUGAUGAUGAUGAUGAUAGAUGGUUGGUCUACCUGAUAAGACGGCAUAUUGCACUGAUCCUGGCCCGACUGCCAGUUACCGUAUUUUUUGCUCUAUAAGACUCACUUUUUCCCUCCUAAAAAGUAAGGGGAAAUGUGUGUGCGUCUUAUGGAGCGAAUGCAGGCUGCGCAGCUAUCCCAGAAGCCAGAACAGCAAGAGGGAUUGCUACUUUCACUGCCUAGCGAUCCCUCUUGCUGUUCUGGCUUCUGAGAUUCAGAAUAUUUUUUUUCUUGUUUUCCUCCUCCAAAAACUAGGUGCGUCUUGUGGUCUGGUGCGUCUUAUAGAGCGAAAAAUACGGUAGUUUCCAGGCCCAAUUCAGAGUGCUGGUUUUGACCUAUGAAACCUUAAGCAGCUCAGGACCGCAAUACGUCAAGGGCUGCCCCCUCUCCACUUGAACCCUGCAAUCAUUACCUGAGGUCCUUCUUCAUGUGCCUCCUCUGUGAGAGAUCUGGAGGGUAGCAACAUGAGAAUGGGCCUUUUCUGCGGUGGCUCCCCAUUUGUGGAAUGCUCUCCCUAAGGAGGAUCACCUGGCACCUUCAUUACAUGUCUUUAGGUGCCAGGCAAAAACAUUCCUCUUCAACCAGACCUUGGGCUGUUUAAUAUUCUAUGGCAGAGGUUCCCAAGCUUAUCAGACCUACCACCCGCUUUUCAGAAAAAAGUUACUCGGUGUCCCCUGGAAAUCUACCUUCUUUAAGUGAACAAACGGAAAGAUGCAUUGACAAAAUUGCGUUCUUUAUGUAUCUGUAUUUCUGCCUAUGCCCUACAACAUAGUAAAGAUGUUGUUGUAAUUAGGCAGGCAAGCUUCCCAGGCCUGGGUGAAGCCGAAAAGGGGUCACCCAAGCCCUAGAAACCCCCACGCCUCCAGCUUGACCCCCAGGUACAGGUGAGGCAUUGUAGCCGUCCCACAAUAUUGUUCUGAAAGUUGUUCUGUGAUCCAUUGCCAGCAGGUGGGACCUUCAAUAAAGUUUUACAGUGUGUAGUGCUUCUAUGGACAAUUAUGGCAAAAAAGUUGAUUUAGCCUAAAGUGACGGAGGAUACCUCUUUCUUAUACUGAAUAGUGUUCUUGAGAUUGCUGAUGUAGCGAAUAUUUUGUGCUGUGCUACUCUUCUAGGGGAUUACCUGGGAGGUGAAGCUUACUGGGCUGGAGGUCUGCAUUUGUACACUCCUCUCCCUUUUCGGCCUGGCCGGGGAGGAUUCGGAGAUCUAUUCAGAACACACUUCUUUCUCAACGCUGGCAACCUCUGCAAUCUUAAUUAUGGUAAGAAGCAAAUACAUUGGAGCCCCCCCCCCCCUUUAAGGCAUUUUAACUUUCUGCAAAAAUUAUAUUUUUAAAAUUGAGUGUUUUAAAAUAGUUUACUGCCUUGUACCUGGAACAGAACUUGGGCUACUGGCCAUGAAAACAUUUGGUUAUUGUCUCAUUCUCAUUGGCUUCCUUUCCAUUCCCAGGUGAAGGUCCUAAGGCUCAUCUUCGUAAACUAGCAGAGUGCAUCCGGUGGUCCUAUGGUGCUGGAAUAGUUCUCAGGCUUGGAAACAUUGCUCGAUUAGAACUCAAUUAUUGUAUCCCAAUGGGAGUACAAAGUGGGGACAGGUAUGUUCGGUUAUUCUAAAUUGCCUUUCCACCUAAUAUAUAUGUUAAAAAAAUAUAAAUAAGGUAUUUUACAGCUUCAAAACUGUAAAAUCCACUCUAUGCUCCUCUCUAAUCGCGUACCAACAUAAAAGAGCUGAUAGCAUAUCCUCUGUUCAAGGCCCAGUGACUUGCAAAGCUAUGAGAUGAAAAAAAUACUAGAGAGCUAAAAAAAAACCCCUAGUGAUCCUCUUUUCUCCCCCUCCCUGCCAAGUCAUCUAAAACUAGACAGAUUUGUUGCUUAAUUGCUUCCCUUAAGAGAAUGUCACAGGAAAAGCCUUUCUCCUUAAACUUUCUGCAGAAGCAGGAUUCAGAGCAUGACUUCAUCUACCUAUCAUAAAGAGGGUACACUGGCUGAUAAGGGAAAACAAUCUGAUAUAGGGAAAUGCAAGGCUUUAUAGGUGCAUUAGAAACAGCACUUUGAGUCACACUCAUACUCAUAUUAACAUCCAGCACAGCUGAGCAACAGUUGGUUUGGUCUUCUUUCUGCACCAUCUGUCAACCUAGCUGUAUGCUAAUGAUGUUAGGGACAGUCUCAUGGAACACACUAGAGUAAUUUGAUUUUCAAGCGAACCAAGACAUGUUCCUUGUUCUCUGAGAAGGGGUGCAGUUAAUAUAUGAGAUGUACACCCGUGUGCAAAUUAAUUGAAACAAACGAUGUAGUUUAUUGUACAAAACUUACAUAUACAUACAUUAGUAAUGGAUAUGACCUCCGCUAUUUUUAAGCAGCAUUUGAACAAGGUUUGGCAUGGAGUCUACUAGUUUCGAACAGUCACUGUUGAUUUUCGGAUCCCAGUACCACACUUGAAUCAGUGCCUGAAUGAGCUUCUCCAUAGUCGUACAGUCUACAGCACGGAGGCGACUUUUGCCUAUAGCCCACAAAUUCUCAUUGGGAUUUACGUCCGGGGAAUUCCCUGGCUAAUCAAGUACCUGGAUUUGCUGCUUUGUCAUGAAUUUCUUCACCACUUUCGAUGUGUGACAGGGGGCUAGGUUGUGCUGCAAUAUCCCAGUACUGUCAGGAUACCUCUUUUCCAGCUCUGGAAUAACUCUUUUUCGUAGAACCUCAAUAUCAGGCAUAGGCAACCUCAGCUCUCCAGAUGUUUUGGGACUACAAUUCCCAUCAUCCCUGACCACUGGUCCUAUUAGCUAAGGACCAUGGGAGUUGUAGUCCCAAAACAUCUGGAAGGCCGAGGUUGCCUAUGCCUGCUCAAUAUAUUGUGGUGAGCACAUCAUUCCUUCUAUUUGCUGCAGGCUUCCAACACCAUAAUGAUCCACUGACUUUUCGUGUUUGUUUUGAAUAAAGUGGUACCUCGGGUUACAUACGCUUCAGGUUACAUACGCUUCAGGUUACAGACUCUGUUAACCCAGAAAUAGUACCUCGGGUUAAGAACUUUGCUUCAGGAUGAGAACAGAAAUUGUGCAGUGGCGGCGCGGCAGCAGCAGGAGGCCCCAUUAGCUAAAGUGGUGCUUCGGGUUAAGAACCGUUUCAGGUUAAGAACGGACCUCCGGAAUGAAUUAAGUACGUAACAAGAGGUACCACUGUACAGGAUUACGAGUAAGGUAGAAAACAUGCUUUGUUUCAAUUAAUUUGCACAAGGGUGUAACUGAUAAAAGCUCUCUUGGCCAUUGCUGCCUCCUGGGAAUCCGGGAGAAUUUCUAGACUGCAAAUUUCUUCUCAGAAAGUGCAUUUUUAUCAAGGAUGCACAGUUUCAUUGGAUUCAGCUUCCAAGUUGAAGCACAGUUUCAGAAACAGAACUACCAAUGUGAAUUUAGGUGAAAACAAAAAAAAAAUGCAAUCUGGUCUCAUCAGCAAAUUUUAGUAGGCUCCUAUUUAAUUGUCAAGCUUAAUGGAGAAGAAAACUUCAGCAUGCUCAUAUGCAUGUUUGUUCAGAAGCAAAUUACACUGUUUUAAGUGGAGCUUACUCCCAGGUAAGUGCACAUAGGAUCACAGCUGAAAUCUAUAAUCUUUAAUUAGUGACAUAAAGCCAAGAAGUGAGACAAAUAUUCUGCUUAAAGGUCAGCAAAAUGUAAAGCGUUAUCUCAAGCUAAAAUUGCAUUUAUUACAGUACAUUGCAUAUCAUACUAAUUAUUUUUGUUUUUCCAGAAUAUGUGAUGGAGUUCAGUUUGGAGCUGGAAUAAGAUUCUUGUAAUGUCACAGUCGUUUCAUAAUAUCACUGGGCCAAAAUGAGCUCCUGAGUUCAAGAGUGGCACAAAGAUGUCCCAGAGGAUUUUACCGAAAUAUAAUUAUGUAUGAAGGGUUUACUUCAAUAAAGAAACUUGCUUUAAAAAGUCCCAU